UUGUUUUUGUUGAUGACGCAGAAUUAAAAAUAAAAAUAUCGUCAUAGCAACUGAAUCCCCCCUGACAUUUUAAUGAUCUGUACUAUUUUUCAUAGUAUAUAAAAACAAAACUUCAGUUAUAUCAGCCAGUUGAUUUCAAAUAUCAUUACUGCUUACUUGGGGAUUUUGCAUUAAUUAAUUCUCAACACUUUUUGAAUUAAAAUCUCAAGUUCUACAUUGAUAACCGGAAUUUCAAAAUCAUUAAUAUGUCUCCACAAAACAUUGAAUCAUAUAACUUUGGGUCACAUCAUUCUAAACCACAUUGGUUUGGUCCACAACAUUUUGGGCCACAUCAUUUUGGACCACACCAUUUUGGACCUCAUCGUUUUGGACUUAACCAUUUUGGACCACACAAUUUUGAACAUCACAAAGAUGAGUCACAUAAUUUUGGACCAGGAAAGUUCGAACAUCAUAAAUGUCCAUUCAAAAAAGGUCCAAAAAAUUAUCCAGGAAAGAGGAACUUUUUCCCUUGGGGUCCAAUGCAAAUAUCGAAUGAAGAAAAUGCUUUUAAUGUCAAUUUAGACGUCCAACAGUUUAAACCUGAAGAAGUGUCAGUUAAAGUAGUAGAUGAUUUUGUUGUAAUAAAUGGCAAUCACAAUGAACGUAGUGAUGAGCAUGGUUUCAUUUCUCGCAAUUUUACACGCCGUUACAAGUUUCCAAACAAUGUUGAUCCAAAUACAAUAACUUCAAAAUUAUCUUUAGACGGUAUACUUUCAAUUGGGGCUCCCAAAAAGAUUGACGAGAAUAACAAGGAAAGAACAGUUCCAAUUGUUUUAACUAAUCAGCGAGCAAUGAAACCAACAGCUUUCAACAAUCCUGACAUUGAUCAAAUAGAUUUUGCUUUAAAUAAUUAUGAAAUUUAAAUUUUUACUUUUUUUAAUUAAAAUAUGUCAUAGUAUGUUAAAAUUACAAAUAAAGUAUACUUAAAUGACAAU